AGUUGAAAAGAAGUAAGACUAAAAGUAAAUUUGUACUGCGGACUGUAUAAGUUUAUAACAACAGUGAGGUGUUUCACUCAGACAAACUAUCUCCAAUCAUACUCACAAAUGAAGAAGGGAUUUGAAAAGCCUUACUCUAUAAAUGGCAUACCACGUUUCUUCGUAUAUUUUCAUUUUCGAGAGUAAGUCUUUGAAAAUAUGGAGCUAACUCAUCUGAGAUUACCCGAAUAAGGACAUGUGUAGCCGGUUACCUGUGUUCAUGCCAGCGGGUCUCCAAGACUAUUCUUAACUUUGUUUCGCCUUCAGGUACCUCAAAAAGAAGUAUCCUUCCACGGUGCAAGCCACUGCGAAGUAAUGGACUCUUUCAUGGCGCUAACAGCACGCUAAAUCACUGCUUUAAUUAUCAGACCCCACCUUCAUUGCCGAAUACUUCUAUUUCCACCAUCAUCCCUCAUUUACCACUUGUUCCUCGUGUACCCACAGUGCUAACGAUUCGAGUUCACGAAUCGCCAUCCGAAUCCUAUGUCGAAUUGAACACAAGUCGUCACUUACGAAGACCUUAGGAUCUCGUGCCAUCAACGUAUGCAGUGUCUCCCGAAACACGCAUACAUGAUCCUAGAAUUGUCAUUUACUGGACCUCACCCGGUCACUAUGAGGAGCCAAUAGAAUAUAUCACAUGCGCAUUUGAAUGUCUGACAUCAAUUUAUGAUCUUAACUGUGUAUGUAUAACACUCUAAAAACAGAACAUCGACUUGAUAGAAUUCAUAUCAAUAGUUGCUUAUGUGCUGAUCGUUUUAAUAGCAUGGUAAAACUUUGAAAAUAUGGGGUACGCCGUUGAUUCUUCAUCGUUUUUGCCCAUGGUCGCACUGUCUGCAGUAAAAGAUGAAUUUUGCAAGAAAACCAGGCUCUCAGGUGUGGUAAUAUUAGUAUGUGAUUUUAACGCAAAGUCAAGCUGAAAAACAAAUUUUAUGGUAUACUGACCGAACUAGCAGAUAACCGCGACCGUCUGUUGCAAUUAUGCUCAAAUAAUUGCUUAUUCCUACGAAUUACAAACUCCAAGGAUGAGAAAAGAGUCUAACCAGAUGCCCCUCAACGUCAAUACAAUAGAUGUAAAUAAGUGAUAUAUCCGUCGGCUCUCUUUGGAGAGACUUAAGUCUCUCCAAGAAUUCCACUUCUGGAGCACAUGUUCGGGCUCUUAUCAUGCUGUGGUAAAAAUAUGCAUUUCUGCGCUCUUGACCGGACGUAAAGAAUUCACAACAGAAAGAACCUUUAAAUAUCAAUUGGUGGAUGAAAAGGUCAAAAAUGUAUUUAAAAAAGGAUUAGCUAAAAAUCCGGUCUAUUGUAGAAAAACGGUUGGUUCUGCAGAAACUUGGAAUAAUGUCCAAACAGUUGUAAAUAAAGUAUCGCACCUAUCAAGUGCUUAAACCACAGCAUUUCCGAAGACUGCAAGGAAUUCGUCAAAUGCCCUCCAGCUGCUCUAACUAAUUAAAAGAGAGAGAAAAACAGAUCAUGAUUAAUUAACUCCAUUACUGAUACAGUUUUAGCUGCUGAACUAUAAUUCUGCUCAGUUUUGGGAUUGGACGUAGUCUUAUCUGACCAGUGACUGGAAGUGAAGUAGUUGAGUGCGUUGACCAUUGCAUUUAUCUUGGAAGUCUCAUUAGGCCUGAAGGAUUACUUACUUGCGCCUGUUGCCUCUCAUGUAGGAGUAUAGGCCGCUCACCAGUAUUCUCCACCCAAUUCCGUCCAGGGCAAUCCUCUCCAAUUGUUUUCAGUUGCUCUUCAUGUCUGCUUCCGAUUCCCGACGCAGUGUGUUCUUUGGCCUUCCUCUUUUUCGUUUCCCUUCAGGAUUCCAGGUUAGCGCUUGCCUCGUGAUGCAGUUUGAUGGUUUGCUCAAUGUGUGCCUUAUCCACUUCCAACGUUUUUUCCCAAUUUCCUCUUAGGUUGGAAGUUGGUUUGUUCUCUCCUACAUUAGGUUGUUGCUAAUCGUAUCUGGCCAACGGAAGUGUUAGGGUGUCUGUAUUGCUCCACAAUUCACUCUGUGGCUGUAAAACAUGAUCUUUGAAAGUAGAAGAUUUGUGUAAGGUGUCUUCAAAGCAUUACUGGUGAUUUUUGGAACAACCUAACAAAAAAUAUUUACGUUGGGCAUUUGGUAAUAGCCAAAAUACCAAAUUGGUUGGUGAGUUUUGCAAGUCUUCAUCUAUUGGGGUGGUUAAAACAUGUGGAGUAGGGUAUAUUACAUGUAAUGUAAACAUAAUGUGUCGCUUAGUGCGUCUUUCUUUUCAUUCAGUAGUUAUAUAAGGUAUUUUGAAGAACUCUAUAAAAUAGUUUACACUUCAGCCCAAAAAGUUGCAUCGUAAGAGAGUCUUUAUACCACAUCUUAACUGUAAAGCCGCCUUGCUUCAUGUCGGUUCAAUUGGUGGUAGGUUGAAAAGUUUAUUACUUUGGUUUGUAGGUAGGCUUUAUUUCAAUAAAGCUGUUUAAGACCCUUUAAAGAUAUAGCUAAUUCUGUGAUGUAUGUUUACGAAAUCAAAUUAUUUAUCAAAAUGUAAACAAUCGUCAGCCAAAUAUACUUGGUCUAGCCAUACCUUAGAUUAAUGGGUAAACUCUGAGACUAGGCACUGAUUGCUAAGAAUGUAAGGAUACUAAGUGGUCAGGUGUGUUAAUGUCCCAUGUUUCCUACUACGACUCGUUCAAACCGGUUCUGAUGUUUUUUUUACAAAGACUUUAUCCUGAUAUCAGUCUAAACCAACUGAUUGCACAAUGGUGUAGUCUAAAAAAUAAUUAACAUGCUUGGAGGACAUUAUAAAAAUAUUCAUAAUGUCAUAGAUUUCGCAUCGUACAGUCUUUAAGACGUUUUUCAUCUCUUGAAACGAACACAAAAAGAGGAGAACGUGAACGGGAAACGUCAAAAAUUCCAGCAGUGAAGAUCAGUGUUAGAACCAGAGAUAGACACAAUUGAUAUGACACGAUAUUAUGGAAUACCAACACAACUUUCAAAACAAUGAAGUAACUUGUCUUUCGGAACAUGGAAAUCUGAAAUGCAAUCAAUUCACCACCAUUCUUACAUAAUGCUAAACCAUUAAGAAUUUAUUCCACCUCACAUGAAUUAACAUUGACAAUACAAACAUAGUAAAAGGAGCAAAGCACAGGACGAAAUGCAGUGCCGUUAGAUGUAUGAGGACGGUCAACACUUCCCGGUUGCCCACACCAUGAAAGUUCCGAAUUUGUGCUCGGUAUAUAACUAACUGAAACACUUAAUACGAAUUCAUAAAAACUUUGCUUCAACAAAACGAAAAACUAUAUAUUCUUGUCAUUACUUAUUCGUCUCUCUUUUGUAGAUGGCGUCAGUGUAACUCCCGAAGCCUCAUGUAAUCUCACAGUACCUCGUGACACUCUUUUAGAAUAUCUUGUCAAUUGUUCUGACUCCUGGUUUCAAAGUCUCGGUAUAUGUUCCGUUUGUUCGGUUCGUUUAUGUCGGUGGGCUGGGACUCUUGGACCUAAAUUCCCUGCAACGACGACAGAUAUUCGCCUUGGGAUGUCUGUAGCACAACAAGCCGCAGCUGUUAUGGCCGCCAGUACUUCGUCCAACAUGGUACCAUCACAUGUCCAACAUCUACUAAACUUGACAAAUCCCAAUAAUCGUUCUGAAGUGUAUGAGCGUCUCUGUCGUGAUGCUAAUCCAGCUGCCGUGGCCAUAAUUGAAGAUAUGCCAGUACAUGAAUUCCUUCGCUCAAGAGGCAACUACUGUCAAUCCCCAUGGGUUGCAAUCUCGAAUAACGGUGUAUGUUGCGGUGGUCAUGCUUGUGACUUGGUGAUUACUCAUCGCGAGUUAAUGCGUCAUUCUUUAUGUCGACCUUGCCUCUCCUCAUUUUGGUCUUGGGCUAAUAAACAUGUUGCUUGGUGGCGUUGGUCGUUUUCUACAAAUGAUGAACAAUCUCUAAAUUCUACGUCAAAUGCUAGCAGUACAGCAGGUUCUAUACCAACUCCUAUAUCCUUUGGAAAAACGAAUAAUGCGGAAAAGUCUUCCGAUAUUGAGCCUCCUGUUGGCAUUUGCAUUCAAUGUCAAGCUAAAAUGUCCUUACAAUUACAAUCACCCAGUGUGUCACUGACAUGUAACCAAUCUCCCGUUUUACCUCAUGGAGCUGGUUCUGAACCCAAGGAAUCUGACGUCCUGUCAAUGAAUGGAAAAACCUCUAAAUCUCUCCGCCUAAUGCCGCUUGCAGCUUUGGAUCUUUUACGUUCAAGGUUAAGUAAUGCUCAUGAAGUUACUCCAGUAACUUAUGUAGCCACCGACUUAAUCAACGACUUUGUUUUCAGUCAACACAUCAAAAAACUGUUAGUCAGUGGCAGUGAUUCCAAUCUCAAUUUAUCUCAUACCCUGUGGGACUCAAAUAUUACUAUACCUUACAAUCAGGUGGGACAGAUAAUCGUGUGUGCCUCUUCUUCAUCUAAGCGUCGAAAAAUGGAUAAUCAAUUUCAGAACAAAAUACUUUUUAGUCAAUAUGGUAGUCAAUUAUCUUUUGAUAGUACCUCAAUUUUAAAACCCGUGCUCGUGGAUUCUGAUCCAAAAGAUGAAUUACUUGGAUCUAAACUUCCGAACACUUUUCUAACGUGUAAAUAUCGUCUGCCGCAAGAGGCCUCUGAUUUGGGUGCAUACACGCGUGACAACCCUAAUAACAAUUGGAAUUAUCCACGUCCUGCUACCGUUCACUACACUUCUAGUGUCAUACCUUGGAUGUCAUCGUCGAUUUUCCCGUACGUCCAGACUGGAGCUUCUCUGUUAAGAUCUCCCCGCCAAAUUACCGAUUCUCUUUCGGAAUCCACCAUUGUGGAUCAAAUUUCAGGGUUAACAACUUCUAACAAAGUCUCUAUGAACGAUACACAACAUGUCGACAGUUGUGAAACUGAUCCAUGUGAAGGACCCAACCGAAGUUCAAUGACUGCAUGUUGCCGUUGUGGUCGUAUUGUUCUUCAGACAUUUCCCGUUGAUCCCCACUCUAAUAUCAGUGCAGUCGUUUGUGAAAAGUUAAUUUAUUCUGAAAAUCGGUACUUAACUCCUAGUUCCCAGAAAGCUCAUGAUAGCAUUAUACAUUCACAAUGUUCAUCUAACCAAGAUCCCCGCACUCCCACAAGUCAUCCUUCUUAUCAGUUUGACUUAUCGUUAUUGAACUCUUGUCCAUCUGGUUCCACUUCUCUGUCUAACCGAUCCAGAAAUGUGGAGGCUAGAAAGUCGGAAAUUGCUGAAAGAUCGGUGAAUGCCGUGCUUCAUUUGAUUGACCAAACAGGAAAUAAUUCUGUACUAAAUGCGGUGAAUCGUAGUAUAACUGAAGUUAUAACAGGUCUCUUUGUUGAUAUGGGUGAAUAUGGAUCCGCCUCUAGUCUUCAAGAUGUUACACAUCGUAUUUGCCGGUGGGAACUUAGUUUAUGCAGUCCUAUCUAUAAUACUCCUUAUUUGUCUUCAUCUGGUGGACGUGAUUCAGCAAAAAGUGCGUGCUUGCCCAUGCCAACCAACGUUGCGGUAUCAUAUAACAAUAAUAGUCUUGUUGUUCCUCACGCUCGUCUGUUUAAUGAUUCAUCUGUCUGUCUCUCACCAGAUGGACGCCUUCUUGCUGCAUUUGUUAUUCCUCGAGAAACAUCGUGCUACACAUUACAGUCAUCUCAAUCUUCCGCUUUACUCGGUACACUUCUCGCUGUGUAUCGUCUGCAACCGGAACAUAACCGCGGUCAGUGUCUGUUCGCUCGCCGCUUCACCGCAUCUAGUCCUGUAUGUGUUGACUUCAGUCCUUUAGGAGAUUUUUUGGCAGUCGGGUUAGCAACUACACGCAUACCUUCAGAACCAUUCUCUACCACAAGAGAGUCGUCUACACAAGAAAGUCUUUUAAGAUAUGGCAGUUCUUCAUCGCUUCAGGACCAUUCAGACCUUCGUCAGCCAAACGUUAAAUGUUCGUGCCAAAGACAAUCCUCUGUCGCGUGCGUUUUCCACCUUCAACGUUCCAAAACACAGAAGGGUCAAGUUCGGCGGAGCCUGCGUGAUAUUCAGAAUAUCAAACAUCCUGCACUUUUAGAUCCUGUUUCAUCAAGAUACCUUGAAUUAUCUAGUCCAUCUUCAGAAAAGUUAGAUCGCUGGCACCGGUUAUUACUUUCUGCUCAAAGUGGAAUCUCUUUGAAUACUAUUGUUUGGAAUGCUAAUGGCAGCAUUCUUUACGGUACUACCAAAGGUCUCAUUGUAAUUUCUCAUGGAAAUCAAUCUUCUUCCGUAUCAAUCCUACCACUCCGUUGUACCAAGUCACAUAUACAGUCUGUGAACGACUGCGAAAUUUCUUAUAGAAGAAAACACUUUAUAAAUCAAGCACAAACUAUUACUAGUUCCUCUAACUUUUCCGUUCCCCAGUCUCGUGCUGUAAUUUAAAUACUGACUUUUAAAUCGAUGUAUAUUUAGGUUUACUGUGCAUUUAGUUUAUCUUAAUUUUUGCUCAUUUUACUGGUAAACCAUCCGUAAUCAUAUUUCUACUGGAUUUAAACAAAAAUUCCAAUUUCAUAUUCAGAGUACCUAUCUUAAUUUUCUAUCUGGAAACCGGUAGUGAUUAAAAUAAAAGUUUAUUUUUUAUAACUUCGUUCCAUUUUUUUCUAAAUAUUCAAGUUUCACUAUUAUACUACAGUUCAUAUAAUGUUGUUUUCUCAUUAUGUAAAACAGAUUUCCACUAAAUCAAUCAUGUUUGUUUAUAGACCUGCUCACAGACUACUCAGGAAUUGUACGAUUUUAACUAUUUUCACACUUGCGUUUUACCAAAAGCAAAGAUAUUUUGUUUCAUACUAAUCGUUUCAUUUUUGUUACGCAGGAAGUUAAUAUGUUAGAACUUGUUAUUAUGUGAAAGGUUUACUUCCUUGUGUUUAUUUUCUUUUUUUCUAUAAUCUUCUACCUCAGCUAUGUCCCAGUGAUCUUUAAUGUUACUAACUCAGUUUUACUUUUAUUUUGAAAUUCUAACUCAAUUCUUAUUAAAAAUAUAUAUUUCCGGUUUGAGUUUUAUCUGGUCUCUUUUUUAUUCAUAAACUUAUUUUCUUUAAUUGGGAAUACAAAUUAUCUAUGAUGAAUGUGCAACACGAUGAAUUCUUUCAAGUUUAUAUAAACUAAAAGUAACUUCAGUUAUGUAGAUACUUUUAGUUGUUCCCAACUGUUUUUCAUUGAAGUCAAUUCUAGACGUCGUAAGUUAUAUUUUCUCUCAUACAGCAGUGAAAAAACGGGAUAAGUCACCACUCAUUUAUUUUAUCACAUAUUUUUGCUAGUAGCUUUACGAUUUUACAAGAUAUGUAUAUCUUUUUAGCUUACUCAUUUCGUUAUUCUUCCAUUCGACAUUUUUUGAUUAUCAUUCGGUGGUGGUUAGUGCUUUCCAUAAAAUAUCUACAGUAUCC